AUGACGAGAAGCCAGCAAGAAGGAACCUCUCGGCAACAAAUGGAGGGCAUCACGCCAGAGGAACCAGUACCUGAAGUGGUGAUGCAGGGAGGAACGGAGGAAAGCAUUCUAGCUGCACUGAGGCAGCUUAAGGCAGAAAUGAUGGAGAUGAAGAAGGAACGCGAAAGAGAUGCACUGGAACUCUCGGCCCUAAGGAGGGAAAAUGCUGGCUUAAGGGAAGAAAUAAGGACACACAUCCCUUCCCAAACGACGCCUUUCAUCCAAGAUCAAGGGGAAUCCUCAGCACUGCAAGACAAAUCAAGGCAAGUCUAUCAAUCGGCAACCAAAGAUGACCGGGACGACCUUGUGAACCGGAGCCCGUUCAUUCACCGCAUUCUGGAAGCCAAGCUGCCCGAUAAUUGGAGAGGGUUGGCAAUAGACAAAUACGAUGGCACAUCCGACCCCGGAGAACACGUGGAUAUCUUUACAACGCAGGUCGGUCUGUACACAGAAAGCGAUGCCUUAUGGUGCAGAAUUUUUCCUACUUCACUCCAAGGACCUGCACUCAGUUGGUUCACCCGACUCCCCCCUCUCUCCAUCGACUCGUUUACAACUCUCACAAGACGUUUCAACUUGCAGUUUGCCACAAGCCGACCCCAUCCCCUAACAUCCUUGGCCCUAGUCAAUAUUCGCCAAGAGAAAGGAGAAUCACUUAGAGCGUUCAUGGAACGCUUUGGCAAAGUGACUCUCUCAAUUCAUAACUUGGAACUAGCAGUAGUUAUGCACCACCUCACAACAGCGUUAAAGCCGGGACCCUUUGUUAAUAGCCUCUGCAAAAAGCCCCCGAUUAACCUAGACGAGUUAAGGAGUCGGGCUGCGAAGUACAUGCAAAUGGAAGAAUUAUCCGAAUAUCGGAGCCAGGUACGGAUGGACCAAGGAUCUAACUCAAAAGAUAUAGAAGGAAAGGAGGCCUUUAAAGCAAGGCGGGGGAACGACAGAGGAAAUGAACUUGAGCGACCACCUCGGCGACCGAAGUAUCCGUCCUACACGACGCUCAACACUAAUCAGGCCAGAAUACUUGAUCAAGCGUUGGCCACAGAAAUAUUGAGAAUGCCUAGACGCGCUAACACUCCCCCUCGGGCAGAUAAAAGCAAGUCUUGCCGAUACCAUCAGAACAGGGGUCACACUACUGAAGAGUGUACGGCACUGAGAGACAAAAUUGAAGAAUUGAUUAAAGGUGGAUACCUAAAAGAUUUUGUACAGACAGAUCCCACAAAGCAAUCUAACAGAGGAAGAGAUCGUCACCCUGAUUCACCAAAGAGAUUCGACCACAAAAAAAUUGAACGACACAGGACCACAGGAGCAGGUCCAGAAAGCCCCCAGCUAGAAGAUUUGAAGAAAAGUACCCGAAAAGGCAGAAUUCGGAUCCCGCCUAUUACGUUCACUGACGAUGACUUUCAGGAAGUCGAUCCGGUGCAGGAUGAUCCCAUGGUAAUUAGUGUAGACAUUCUUAACUGCACUGUUCGAAAAACACUAAUUGACCAAGGGAGCUCGGCCGAUAUCCUAUACAGGAAUACAUUCAAGCAAUUAGGCAUCGCAGAACAAGAGCUCAAAGAAUACCAUGAACCAUUGGUUGGGUUUUCCGGGGAACGAGUAGAGACCAAGGGAUGUAUUGACUUGUAUACCACGUUUGGAUCAGAACAUGAGGGCAAAAGCAUAAGAGUCACUUAUCUUGUAGUACACACAAACACAUCUUAUAAUAUACUACUCGGCAGACCAUCCCUGAACAAAUUGAAGGCCAUAGUGUCCACUCCGCACUUGGACAUGAAAUUUCUGUCUGAAAGAGGCCGAAUUGUUACCGUCCAUGCUGAUCAAAAAACAGCCAGGGAAUGUUACUUUGCAAGUUUACGCCUUAAACCAUUUCAUGGGAAUAACCGUGAUGUCAAUAUUGUAUCCCCUUGGUUGGAAGAAGAGUUGGAUGUUGAACUUGAUCCUAGAAUGGAUGCGGAAUAUCGUGUCGAGCCCAAUGAAAACAAACAAUCCUUCUAA